AAAUUUCUGCGAGAGAGAGAGAGAGAGAGAGAGAGAGAGAGAGUUGGAUGGAGACGAUGAGUGAAGAGGGGUUCGAAGAAUGGGACGCAGAUUUCUUGGAUCAACUCAUACACGUAGAGGAACUCGCACUAACCUCUACAAAACAACAACAACAACAACAACCGCUGCGCACAACUUCUUCUUCUUCUUCUCAAACUCACCAUUACAUCAACAACCCUACAAAUACAAAUACAAUGAUGAGUUACUCUCCUCCGCGACAGCUCUCUCAAAGGGUCUCUUUCGACGAUAAACAACUCGAAAUCGAUAUGUUAAAGAGGGAGCUCGGACAUGUGUCGAAGCAACUCACGGACCUGGAACAAGAGUGCCUUGAACUAAGGAAGGAAAGGGGCAAGAAAGAGGAGCAGCUUCAAAUAUUUUCCAAGAAUGAAGUAAAAGAUGUAGAUGCUCGCUCUUCAAAGAGUACUACCUUGUGAUUGCCACAAUGGCAGGGAAUAUGGAGCUCUAAAUCAUCAUAGGGUUCGUCAAAAAUUUCAAAAUGCAAUAUCUUUGAAUAUUCAGGCUGGCUCUCAGAUUGAUAGAGCUAUGCCAGCCUAUAAGGCCAUUGGAAUUCAAACUGAGAAGGCUGGUGAUCCUGGCCAAGUAACCAUGGAUGUUGAUCCAGCUGCUUGUCAAGCUCUCACCGAGAAGUUGCUAGCCAUCUGGGGCUCUCCAAGGGACCAAAAGCUAGGAAGAAAUCUGAUUAAUAAGUUGCUUGUGACUUGUCAGACAGAUUUCCAUGUCCUUUUUGCGUGGAUGAGCGUGAGUGUUCCAAAAAGGACAAUGGACUCUCUCAAAGAUGGAAGUUUGUCUGACGUAGCUUUGACAUCGCACCUGCACUCUUUUCAUACUCCAGAAGCUGCAAAAGUGUCUCACCUCUACUCUGUAUUGACAAAGAUAAGUAUCGGGAUGGUACAGUUGGAGGCUUUGUUUGAGCCAUUGCUUGACCUCUGUAUUCUCAAAAAUGUUGUCAUUGUUCAUAGAUCUCUAUGUAUACUGCGUGUUUUUUUGAAGCACCUCUUGAGUUUGGAAAGGAAAUCUGAAAGAAGGGACAAUGUCACAGUUGGAGGACUUCUCUGUGGGAGCAACAUUGUGGAUUUUAAUGGACUUGAUAGAGUCCUUUCCUGUGCGAGCAGAAAUGAAAAAAAUUAUGCAGGCUAUACACCACUUGGGAUCAGAUUACCUAAUGCAGAAAUUCCAUGCAUGGAGGGACCCUGCAAUCGUGAUAUUGCCAUUUCAGUUUCUUGUGUGGACUGGGUUUCUCUAUUUGAAGCGAUGCAUCAAAUUAUAGUGAGGAACACUGAAGAAUGUGUGAGAUUAGAGGCAGUCUCAGUUAUGAUUGUGAUUCUAAUGAGAAGUAAUGCUUAUAUGGAGAGGGAAAAGUUUGGCAAGGCAACUGUGUUCGAAAGUCUUUCACAAUUGCUUAGAAAGGAAGCUGGCUUGCGGGUGCAAAGGCAUGCCGUGCAUCUUCUAUACCUAUUGCUAAACUGUCCAAAACUAUUGGUCAUGUUCUGCUCUGGUAGUAAUGAGGGAGGGACUGCUGCUGUUCCUGUUGAUGAUGAUGCCAGACCUCAGAAAUUCAUUAAGGUUCUUCAAGGCUUGGCAGAUUGUGUAGCUUGCUCUGGAAAUGGUAUACAGGAGUUGACACUUCGUAGAAAUGCCAUUACUGUGCUAGCUUUCUUAGCCUCAUCUGGAAAACCUGGCUUUGAAAUUUUUGUUCGUUCCAAGCUUUACAGAGAGGCAAACUUUCUUAUGUUGAUUUUGCAAGUACUUGUGUCAGAGAUUGACAUAGAAGAAACAGCAGUUUGUGUUGAGUCACCAGAGAUUUUCAAAGAGAGGACAUUGCUCAUACGAGAGGCGCUUAUAUUACUUAACAGACUUGUGUCCAACCCUGCAUAUUCUGUUACUGUCUUGUGGGUGUUGACAAAUAGCAGAGAUAUGGCGAGCCUGACCAUUGACAUUGCCACUAGGUUGUCUUGGGAAUAUCAAAGACAUGGGCAUUCUGACUGCAUAACUAGACAGAUGAGGGAAUCUGAAAUUGUGAACUUAGCUAGAGUAUUCAGGAAAAGGGUGUUCACGUACUUAGGACAUAACAUAUCCUAAAAGAUUUCAAAAGCUUAUUUAGAUUGUCCAUAUCAGCGGUAGUGAUGUAAGAAUAGCCGCCAGAAGUCUCCAAAGAUGAAGGUAGCCAUAAACUCAUUUUACCCAUAUUUUCUUUUAUCUUGAAAAUUUUGAGUAGCCCCCAUAGCUUUUACCUAAAGGCUUAAGCCAGAAAAUUUUGGAUGCCCCUGACAGUGUAUCAUGAAGAUGAUGUGAUAUACAGAUCCCAAGUUUUGACAAUGCAAAGAAGUUUUCCUUUGCCUUAGCUUUUAAUGGUCGUCUGUACCUAUUAUUCUCCCUCGUGUAGCAAAUCUACUGUACAACUUUGACAUAUAAAGUAUCACAAUGCCAGAAGUAUGGUUGAGUUGAUUGGCUUUGGAAA